CAUGACUGUAGAUGUCUAGCUACCAGAAUACUUCUUCAGAAACGAACCUUUCAUCUCGUUCCCAUCAGGAUUAUCAUUGAACAAUGCCCCGAGCUUCUGGUAAUAAUAGCUUUGCGCGGCCGGACAAUCAGAAUGAUCCCUCCUCUCCUCCCGACCAUCAUCUGGCCAACGGCAUGUUCCCUGCGACUACUACUAUGAGCGGUGCACAGUUAGUCCCCAACCCUUGGACACCCUCCAUCCGGAUGAAUGGUGCCAAUGAAGCAGCCAUGGGACUGAACGGCCCUGGCGCAUUUGUGGGAUCUACCCACGGAUCAGUCACCAUGGGUGGUGCCGCUAUUACCAAUCCCGUCGCCGUUCCGCAGAUGCAAGUCCCAUUUGAGGGGGGCCUUGUAUCUCAAGUUCACUCUCCUUCCAUCAACUACACUCCACACCACACUUUCAACGCAGCCCCUACAACACGACCAGCACUCUACCUUUGCCGGUGGUUGACCUGCACAGAGACUUUCCAGAGACACGGCGAUCUCAAGCGACAUGUCAACACUCUUCACUUGGCUCGAGGUUCUUAUAUUUGCCCUUAUUGCGGGCGCAUCUGUAACCGCAAGGACAAUAUGAAAAAUCAUCUGCAAAACGUCCAUGGACUGCAGCUGUAAGAGAGCCACAUGCACAUAUGAUCUAUCUUAUGCGUUUUUUUCUGAUCUUCUUUUGUUACUGGUUUCGGGCUUUACCUUGUUAUGAUAUCCAGGAUGAUUUUAUCUUUAUGUUUCCAUUGCGUUUCUAUUUCAAUGAUGUAUUGUUACAAAUUGUGGG